AUGGCGCAGGCAAUGCUGGUACCACCAGGCCCUGACAGCUUCUUCUAUUUCACUGAAGAAUCUCUUGCAGCCAUUGAAAAACGUAUUGCUGAUGAAAAAUUUCAUUGCCACCAAGAGGAGCCUGCAGAUGAUGCUGGUCAUGAAGCAGAUCACCUAGAGCCAAAUAAUGACUUAGAGGCAGGAAAGACACUGCCAUUUAUUUAUGGUGAUAUUCCUCCAGGAAUGGUGUGUGAACCCCUGGAGGACCUGGACCCAUAUUACAUCAAUAAAAAAACAUUUAUAGUACUGGAUAAAGCGAAGACAAUCCACAGGUUCAGUGCCACACCUGCCUUGUACCUUUUAUCUCCUUUCAAUAUCACUAGAAGACUAGCUAUUAAGAUUUUGGUUCAUUCAUAUCCUUUUCAAUCAACAUUGUUCAACAAGGUCAUUAUGCUCACUAUUUUGGCAAAUUGUGUAUUAAUGACAUGGAGAAAUCUUCCAGAAUGGGCAAAAUAUGUAGAGUACACUUUCACUGGAAUUUAUACUUUUGAAUUUCUAGUAAAAGUCUUUGCAAGAGGCUUCUGUAUAAAUGAUUUUACGUGCCUUCGUGACCCCUGGAACUGGCUUGAUUUUGUUGUCAUUUCCUUUGCAUAUGUGACAGAGUUUGUGGACCUGGGCAAUGUCUCAGCGUUGAGAACAUUCAGAGUUCUCCGAGUUUUGAAAACAAUAUCAGUCAUUCCAGGCCUGAAGACAAUUGUAGGAGCCCUGAUUCAGUCUGUGAAGAAGCUCUCGGAUGUGAUGAUCCUGACUGUGUUUUGCCUGAGUGUAUUUGCACUGAUAGGACUGCAGCUGUUCAUGGGCAACUUGAAGAAUAAAUGCCUGUUCUGGCCGUCAAAAAAUUCAACAGCCUUUGAAACACAUGUAGUUCCAUACUUUAAUGAUACAGAAUUGAACUGGGAUGCGUACAUUAAUGAUGAAAGUCAUUUCUACCGCCCAGAAGGAGCAACGGAUUUUCUGCUUUGUGGCAAUAGCUCAGAUGCAGGUAAAUGCCCAGAAGAGUUUAUCUGUGUGAAAGCUGGUAAAAACCCCAACUAUGGAUAUACUAGCUUUGACACAUUCAGUUGGGCUUUCUUGUCACUGUUUCGACUGAUGACACAGGACUAUUGGGAAAAUCUUUAUCAGUUGACACUACGAGCUGUUGGCAAAUCAUACAUGAUAUUUUUUGUUGUGGUGAUUUUUCUGGGUUCCUUCUAUUUGAUUAACUUGAUCUUGGCUGUGGUUGCCAUGGCCUAUGAAGAGCAAAAUCAAGCAACUCUUGUUGAAGCAGAGCAGAGGGAGGCAGACUUUAAACUGAAGCUUGAACAACUGCGGAAGCAGCAAGAAGAAGCUCAGGCAAUAGCAGCAGCUGCAGCAGAGAUGACUGAGUACAGCUGUGAAAGUGGGAAUGCUGCACCCUCAGAUAGUUCUUCAGAUGCAUCCAAGCUUAGUUCAAAAAGUGCCAAAGAAAGGAGAAAUAGAAGGAAGAAAAGGAGGCAGAGAGAGCUCUCUGGAGAAGAGGAUGACAUGAAGGAUGAAAAGCUUCCAAAAUCUGAAUCAGAUGGCAGUAUCAAAAAGAAAGGUUUCCGUUUUUCUUUGGAUGGGAACAGACUAACUUAUGGGAAGCCAUUUAUAUCAUCCCACCAGUCUUUGCUGAGUGUUCAUGGCUCCCUGUUUUCUCCCAGGCCUAGUAGCAGAACAAGUCUGUUCAGUUUUAGAGGCGACGGACGAGAGAGAGGCUCAGAAAAUGAGUUUGCUGACGAUGAGCACAGCACGUUUGAGGAUAACUCGAGCAGGAGAGGGUCUCUGUUUGUGCCGCGCAGGCACGCAGAGCGGCGCAGCAGCAACAUCAGCCAGGCCAGUGGGUCAUCCAGAAGGCUGACAGUCUUCCCAGUGAAUGGGAAGAUGCACAGCACUGUGGAUUGCAAUGGAGUGGUUUCCUUGGUGGAUGGACCACCGGGUCUGUUGUCUCCUACUGGACAACUUCUGCCAGAGGUGAUAAUAGAUAAACCAUCGACUGAUGGCAAUAGCACUACCACAGAAAUAGGAAUAAAAAACAGACGUACAAGUUCGUAUCAAAUACCAAUGGAGUUGCUGGAGGAUCCUGAUUUAAGGGAAAGGGCCAUGAGUCUAGCUGAUGUUAUCACAAACAGAAUGGAAGAACUUGAAGGAUCCAGACAAAAAUGUCCACCUUGCUGGGAUAAGUUUGCCCAUACUUUCUUGAUUUGGGAUUGUUGUGAGCCCUGGUUAAAAGUGAAGAGUAUAGUUGAAUUUAUUGUAAUGGAUCCAUUUGUUGAUCUGGCUGUCACUGUUUGCAUAGUUUUAAACACAUUAUUUAUGGCCAUGGAACAUUAUCCAAUGACUAACCAGUUUGAGACUGUACUUACAGUAGGAAAUCUGGUUUUUACUGGAAUUUUUGCAGCAGAAAUGGUUCUCAAGAUAAUUGCCAUGCAUCCUUUUAAUUAUUUCCAAGUUGGCUGGAAUAUUUUUGAUAGUUUUAUAGUUACUCUUAGUUUGGUGGAGCUUUUUUUGUCAAACGUGGAUGGAUUAUCCGUUCUCCGGUCAUUCCGAUUGUUGCGAGUUUUCAAAUUGGCAAAAUCUUGGCCAACUCUAAAUAUGCUGAUAAAGAUUAUUGGCAACUCAGUGGGGGCUCUGGGGAACCUGACCCUGGUGCUGGCCAUCAUUGUGUUCAUUUUCGCUGUGGUUGGGAUGCAGCUCUUUGGGAAGAGCUACAAGGAAUGCGUCUGCAAGAUCUCCAGUGACUGUGUGCUCCCUCGCUGGCACAUGCACGACUUUUUCCACUCCUUCCUGAUUGUAUUCCGAGUGCUGUGUGGGGAAUGGAUAGAAACCAUGUGGGACUGCAUGGAGGUUGCAGGCCAAACCAUGUGCCUUAUUGUUUUCAUGAUGGUCAUGGUGAUUGGAAACCUAGUGGUAUUGAAUCUUUUUCUGGCCUUGCUGCUGAGUUCAUUUAGUUCAGACAACCUUGCUGCUACAGACGAUGAUAAUGAAAUGAACAACUUGCAGAUUGCUGUGGCAAGGAUUCAGAGGGGAAUAGAUUAUGUGAAGAAAAAAGCAGGUGAAUGCAUCCGAAGGCCUUGUUUGGGAAAACAAGCUGCUGUAAAUCAAAAAACAGCAACAGAUCAGAAUGAUGAGAGAAACCGUUGCAUUCCCAACUGUACUGGCACUGAACAAAGGAUAGAUAAAAAUUAUGGCAAAACUGAAAAUGGAAUGGCCACUGUUAUAGGUGACAAUGAUUAUGCACCAUUCAUAACCAACCCAAGCCUUACUGUUACGGUACCAAUAGCUGUUGGAGAGUCUGAUUUUGAACGUCUGAAUACAGAAGAGUUUAGCAGUGACUCAGAUUUGGAUGAAAGCAAGGAGAAGCUAGAUUUUUCCAGCUCAUCAGAAGGAAGUACAGUUAAUUUAACUGUCUUUGGAGAAGAAAAAAGCGAAAGUGAACCAGAAAAAGCAUCAGAAAUACAAGCAUGCUUUACAGAAGGCUGUGUACGGAAGUUUAAAUGCUGUAGAGGCAGUACAGAGAGCACAAGAGGGAGAAUCUGGUGGAACCUUCGAAAAACCUGUUACAACAUAGUAGAGCACAACUGGUUUGAAUCAUUCAUUGUCUUCAUGAUUCUUCUCAGCAGUGGUGCUCUGGCUUUUGAAGAUAUAUAUAUUGAACAGCGCAAGACCAUAAGAGUCCUGCUGGACUAUGCUGAUAAAAUCUUUACUUACAUCUUUAUUCUGGAAAUGGUGCUAAAAUGGGUUGCCUAUGGUUUUCAGACUUACUUCACUAAUGCUUGGUGCUGGCUGGACUUCCUGAUUGUUGAUGUCUCAUUGGUUAGCUUAGUAGCUACUGCCCUUGGUUUCUCAGAAUUUGGUGCAAUUAAAUCUCUCCGAACAUUAAGAGCUUUGAGACCUCUAAGAGCUUUGUCACGCUUUGAAGGCAUGAGGGUGGUUGUGAAUGCUCUUACUGGAGCAAUCCCAUCCAUCAUGAACGUACUUCUGGUGUGUCUUACAUUCUGGCUAAUUUUCAGCAUCAUGGGAGUAAAUUUGUUUGCUGGCAAGUUCUAUCACUGUGUUAACACCACAGAUAAAGAGAUGCUCACACCAGAACAAGUCAGUAAUAAAAGUAUGUGUGAAGAUAUGAACAGAACUACUGGAAAUGUUCGGUGGAAAAAUGUGAAAGUAAACUUUGAUAAUGUUGCAAUUGGUUAUCUUUCUCUGCUUCAAGUGGCAACAUUUAAAGGAUGGAUGGAGAUUAUGUAUGCUGCAGUUGAUUCUACAGAAGUAGAGAAACAGCCCAAGUAUGAACACAACCUGUACAUGUACCUUUACUUUGUGGCCUUUAUCGUUUUUGGAUCAUUUUUCACCCUUAACUUAUUCAUUGGUGUCAUCAUAGAUAACUUCAACCAACAAAAAAAGAAGCUUGGAGGCCAAGACAUUUUCAUGACUGAAGAGCAAAAGAAAUACUACAAUGCAAUGAAGAAGCUGGGCUCCAAGAAACCACAAAAACCUAUACCUCGACCAAUGAACAAAUUGCAAGGUCUGGUGUUUGAUAUUGUAACCAAGCAACUAUUUGACAUCAUCAUUAUGGUUCUAAUCUGUCUUAACAUGAUCACAAUGAUGAUAGAAACAGAUGACCAGUCUGAACUGAUGCAAAAUAUUUUAUAUUGGAUUAACUUGGUCUUUGUUGUCCUUUUCACUGGUGAAUGUGUCUUCAAAAUAUUUUCACUCCGUUAUUAUUACUUCACCAUUGGCUGGAAUAUUUUUGAUUUUGUGGUUGUUAUUCUUUCAAUAAUAGGUAUGUUUCUAGCUGAGGUGAUAGAAAAGUACUUUGUGUCACCCACUUUGUUCCGAGUUGUACGGCUUGCCAGGAUCGGUCGAAUCCUGCGCCUCAUUAAAGGCGCUAAGGGAAUCCGCACUCUGCUUUUUGCUUUGAUGAUGUCUCUCCCUGCCUUGUUCAACAUUGGGCUGCUGCUCUUCCUGGUCAUGUUCAUCUAUGCCAUAUUUGGCAUGUCCAACUUUGCCUACGUCAAGAAGGAAGAUGGGAUUGAUGACAUGUUCAACUUUGAAACGUUUGGCAACAGCAUGAUCUGCCUGUUCCAGAUCACCACGUCCGCUGGCUGGAAUAAUUUGCUCAACCCAAUUCUAAACAGUGGGGAGCCAGACUGUGACCCCCAUAAAGAUCAUCCAGGGAGCCCUGUGAAAGGUGACUGUGGCAACCCUUCUGUUGGGAUUUUCUUCUUUGUCAGCUACAUUAUCAUAUCCUUUCUGGUAGUGGUGAACAUGUACAUUGCUGUGAUUUUGGAGAACUUCAGUGUUGCUACUGAAGAAAGCGCUGAACCCUUGGGUGAGGAUGACUUUGAGAUGUUUUAUGAGGUUUGGGAAAAAUAUGAUCCUGGUGCAACACAAUUCAUAGAAUACAGCAAACUGUCUGAUUUUGCAGCUUCUCUAGAUCCUCCUCUUAAUAUACCAAAACCAAACACAAUUCAUCUCAUUGCAAUGGAUCUACCUGUGGUGAGCGGUGACAAAAUUCACUGCCUUGACAUCUUGUUUGCUUUCACAAAGCGUGUUUUGGGGGAAAGUGGGGAGAUGGACACCCUCAGAAUACAGAUGGAAGAUCGGUUUAUGGCAUCCAAUCCUUCUAAAGCUUCCUAUGAACCCAUUACAACCACACUGAAACGAAAGCAGGAAGAAGUUUCUGCCACUAUCAUUCAGCGUGCUUACAGACGUCAUCUUCUGAGACAGUCAGUAAAGAAGCUUUCAUUUAUGUAUCAGAAGGAUGGGGGUGAUCAGCUUAUCAAAAAGGAUGUGAUUGUUGGUAAGCUGAGUGAAAAUUCGUCUCCAGAGAAAAUGAAUAUGUCUGCAUCCACCACAGCUCCGCCUUCUUAUGAUAGUGUAACAAAACCAGAAAAAGAAAAAUAUGAAGAUGACAAAUCAGAAAAGGAAGACAAAGGAAAAGACAGAAGAGGAAACAAAAAAUAAAAGACACUUUUAUCCAUGAUGAAUGUUUGCAAGCUU